AUGGCGGGACAAAUAAAUGCGAUACAGUUGAAAGAUUUUAAUAAUAGUUGUACCCGAAUAUGUCAAAUACUUCCACUACUGCUCCAAUCUGUGGCGAUUGCUAUUAUUACUCUACCUUGGGCAAGAAGACAGGGUGGCGUUCCUGACAUGACUCCCGAGCUCUUGAUGAACACAACCCAAGGCCUCCUGGCCCAUAAAAGUGGCAGUUUUAUGGGAUCUUCAGGAGGUCUUAAUCUCAAUAGUAGUAAUAGUAGUACAAAGGGUGAAUUGUUCCGAUCUAAUACUCCUGCCCCAAUUGACAUGAUCUUGACCAUUGUGUCGACUCAGCCCAAAUCCGAGUAUGCAUGGAAAGGGUUCGUGAUGAACGAAACUUUGUUCCUAAAGGGUAGUGGACUUGGCGAUGUGGAUCUUCGAGAAAGCAUUGUCGCCGUAUUGGAACUCGCGGAAGAAUGUUUAAAGUGUUGUUCGUUGGUUGUUUGUCUUGAUAAGAAGGAUCCGCAACUGACAACCCUCAUUCGCACUUUUAUGUAUGUCGGAUUUGAAUCAUGCGAUCCUCGAGUUUUUAAUCACGAUACCGAAAAAUUCAUGCUUGUCGGAAUGGAGUUGUAA